CUUCACACUAUAAAAGAAAUUAAAUUAAAAAUGCCGCUCGGUCCCCAUCUGUUCCUCAACUUUUAUUAUUAUUUUAAUUUAAAGCUGCAAUAAAUACAGAGAAGAGAAGAGAAGUGAACAGACCUUCACUAUAUAAUUCUAAGAAGGGAAAAAGCACCUUCCCUGUAUGCUAUCCUCCGCCCAAACCAAAAAAAAAAAAAAAAAAAAAAAGAGAAAAAAGAAAAUAGAUUUAAAGCGCUUUUCAGUUUGCUGUUAACCGAAUCUCUGUCGCGUCUUUUGGAUCGUUAUUCUCAAAAGUUCAAAAUUUCCGACGGCUGAAAAAGGUAUGCCUGUGGUUGUAGAGUCAGCUUUGCAUUGUUGGAUGAUGGUGUUUACUCCAAUUAGAAGUGCUGCGGAUUUGUGAAGGUCCUUUUUGCAAGAGGGUCAUCCAAUUUGUAGAAAUGUCCGAAGCCGAGUGCCUUUUGUUGAAGCAAAUGAAGAUGCCAGAUAUCCAGUUGGUUGCGCACACUGUAAGGUCCCAUGGGGUUAAAGUUGCAAGGACACACAUGCAUGACUGGCUCACUCUUUUGCUUCUCAUUGUGAUAGAGGUCAUUUUAAAUGUUAUAGAACCAUUUCACCGCUUUGUCGGAGAGGAUAUGUUGACUGACCUGUCAUACCCCUUGAAAGACAAUACCGUUCCCUUUUGGGCCGUUCCUAUGAUCGCAAUAAUACUUCCAUUUUUUGUCAUUCUUGUCUGCUAUUUCAUCAGAAGGGAUGUUUAUGAUCUACACCAUGCCAUACUGGGCCUUCUGUUUUCCGUACUUAUCACUGGUGUUAUAACUGAUGCUAUUAAAGAUGCUGUUGGUCGACCUCGUCCAGACUUCUUUUGGCGUUGUUUCCCCGAUGGAAAAGGGUCCUGUACUUUGUCAACAUGCAAUUGUUGCAUCAUACAUGCACAGGUGUUUGACCCUGUGACAAAGGAUGUUAUGUGUACUGGAUUAAAGAGUGUCAUCAAGGAAGGACACAAAAGUUUCCCCAGUGGUCACACUUCGUGGUCCUUUGCAGGUCUUGGUUUUCUUGCAUUAUACUUGUCUGGGAAAAUUCGGGUAUUUGAUCACAGGGGCCAUGUAGCGAAGCUAUGUAUUGUCUUCUUACCGUUACUUAUUGCCGCUUUAGUGGGAAUUUCUCGAGUUGAUGACUAUUGGCAUCAUUGGCAAGAUGUUUUUGCUGGGGGUCUUUUAGGGAUAACAGUUUCAUCAUUUUGUUACAUGCAAUUCUUUCCAGCCCCAUAUGAUGUAGAUGGCUGGGGACCUCAUGCCUAUUUCCAGAAGUUGGCAGAGUCUCGAAAUUGCAAUCCAUCCAACACCAUCAAUAGUUCAAAUGCACAACAAUCAGAGCUGGAGAGUGUAUAUGUCGAUACGCAGCAUGGCAGGGGACCGUCUGGAGCCAGUACUCAUGACUCUAGCCCUAUUCUGGACGAAACCAACCGCCUGAGGAGAUAUUAAUUAUUGAAUUUAGACUGUAGAGAAGAUGUCCAUAGUCUUUGAGCUUACUACCAUAUAUUUUGCUCUUACACUCGUUUGUUAGGUAUUGAAAUAUGGAUUUGCUUCUCCUUGAUGUCAUAUUUGUUAAAUCAUUUCCAACAGUAUGUGAUGAUGAAGAGACCUUGUUUGCUUUAUUUCACAACUGAAUCAAAAGAUACGAUCUUCACCACCA